UUUUUUUCUCACCUUCCUCUAUUGCACUUUUCUGCCUCCUGCAGAAUUUCAGAAUUUAAUUUGUGUGCGUUGCUCACAGCAGUUCUGUCCAGCUUGUUCCACUUGGGGGUUGCUUGCAGGAUGGACGCCUUGCCUGUUUAUCACGGGAAGAUCAGCCGGGAGACUGGAGAGAGGCUUCUAGGGGCUGCUGGAAAGGAUGGCAGCUAUCUAAUUCGUGACAGCGAGACUGUGCCUGGGGUUUACUGCCUGUGUGUGUUGUGCAAGGGGUUUGUGUACACGUACAGAUUGUGCCAGACAGAUGGGGGCUCCUGGUCUGCCGAGACUGCUCCUGGCGUUCAAAAGCGUCUGUUUCGGAAGAUAAAGAACUUGAUUGUGGCCUAUCAUAAACCGGGCCAGGGCUUAGUGAUGCCUCUACUCUACCCUGUUUGCAAGAAAACAACUUCACCAACAGCCAACCCAUGACUGGAAACGGUAUGCCAGCAUAACUGCAUUUAGAUAAAACUUUAACAUGUUUUUGAGACUGUAAUGCAACUCCUGUCCUGGAGCGCCCUAGCAGUGUAGUUUGAUACUGUAGGUAUGGUAAAACCCUGACUACCAGAGCCCUGAUUAUCCAAACACCUGGAGCAUGUGAACAGUUAACCUGUAUUGUGUGCUGUGAUCUUCUGCCCUGUUUGCAAAAAAAAUAAUAAUAAUAAUAAUAAAAAAGAGCACUAUUCAGCCCUCAAGCGCUGGUAUCUACAAAACAGUGCCCUGCUAUAGGUUAUAUAUUUACAUGUAAAAGGGGUAAAUUCUAUCUUUUUAGGAGGUUUCUUGAUUGGAGAAGUCAUGUAAAGAAUUGCAGAUUUUGAUUAUCCUAAAAACCUCCAGUCCCAAUUAGCUUGAAUAUUAAAAGUUAUAAUGUGUAAUUGAAUGAACG